GGUCAGCCCUCGGGCGCGCGCGUCGAAUGUCGGUUACCCAUUCUGGUGGAAAGAACAUAUGCUUCCUCCAUAAUCAAAACCCAUUCAUUACCUGCAAAUUACACUACAUAAGUUCCAUACUUUAAAUAACAAGACCUAUAUAAACAAAUCUCUAACCACUUCCCAUAAUCCUACACACCAAACAAAAUAUACCCACAAAAUUAUACCCAAAAUAAAUACUCAUCUACUCCGCAAGGCUUCUCUCCGUCUACACUUUCCGGUGCAGGAUUCAACUAAUAACUCCGAUCUCCAGCAUUUUGUGCCCAUCCCACUAGUCUUGAGACUUUUCUUGAGCUUGCUGGACCCAUCUGCAAGUGCCCAAGAAUCAAUGGUGGAUCACUGUCUCAACUUCUUCAUUUGGUUUAUGAAUGACUUACAUGAUGAAUAUCACCAGUAGAAGUCAAUCUUUCAAUAGAAGGGCUUUGGGUUUCAAUAGCCCGAGGGCUCACCGGGCGCUCUUGUUUUCACGUUUGUUGCGUGCGCUUAUUGUGAUUGUGUCUGGGGUUUCCGUGAUUUCCUUCUUCCUGGCAGUUGGUAGCGGAUAUAUACAUGUUCUACCCAGUCUCAGCCAGGCUUUUCAGGGAUUUGGUGUUUCGGUUUUCAAUGGUUCCUCUGAUGAUUGUGAUGCAUUUGAUGGAAGUUGGGUGAUCGAUGAUAGUUACCCUUUGUACAAUGCUUCUGAAUGCCCUUUUGCUGAACGAGGAUUUGAUUGUUUGGGGAAUGGAAGAAUCGACAAAGAUUAUGUUAAAUGGAGGUGGAAGCCCAAGAAUUGUGAUAUUCCUAAAUUUGAUGUGCAGACUGUUUUGGAAAUGCUUCGAGGCAAAAGAAUUGUUUUUGUUGGUGAUUCAAUGAGUAGGACACAAUGGGAGUCGUUGAUAUGUUUGCUUAUGACUGGGGUGGAGGAUAAGAGGAGCGUUUAUGAAAUCAACGGGAAUAACAUAACUAAGAGAAUUAGAUAUUUGGGUGUGAGAUUCAGUUCCUUUAACUUCACUGUCGAGUUCUUCCGCUCAGUUUUCCUUGUGCAGCACAAUUGGGCUCCUAAACAUGCACCAAAGAGGGUUAGGUCAACACUCAGACUGGACAAGUUGGAUGAUAUUGCCAAUCAGCUGGUUAAUUCAGAUGUUCUUAUAUUCAACUCUGGACACUGGUGGGUGACAGGGAAGCUUUUUGGAACGGGAUGCUACUUUCAGGUUGGUAAGUCGCUGAAGCUUGGAAUGCCAAUUUCAACUGCCUUCAGAACAGCAAUAGACACUUGGGCAUCUUGGGUUGAGACCAAGAUUGACACGAAUAGAACACAUGUUUUCUUUCGAACUUUCGAGCCCUCUCAUUGGAGUGAUCCAACCCUAAGAUAUUGUAAUGUAACCCAACAACCGUCGUUAGAAACUAGAGGGAAGGAGCAAAGCCGAUUUUCGGACACGGUAAUGGAGGUUGUGAAGAAUAGGAACGUUCCUGUUAACGUUCUGCAUAUAACCUCCAUGUCAGCAUUCCGGACUGAUGCACACGUCGGUACAUGGAGUGAUAAUGCUUCGCUGUCUGAUUGCAGCCACUGGUGUCUACCCGGUGUACCUGAUGCAUGGAAUGAAAUCUUCCUCUCAUACCUGCUAGCUAACCACAGAAGUCCACUCCCUUGAGCCAAGCAUGAAAUUGGACAAAUUGGGAGACAAAAUACCUGCAUUGUGCUUCCUAGAUCAUAUAAAUUCUUUUUAACACGCGUAGCUGCCAAAAUAUUCUGCAGUCUUGCAGAUAGCAUCGAAUUUACGGGAAUAGAUCAUGUACAGAUCCAUUGAGAUGGAAGUUUUGUAACAGAAACCGAUUGUUUGUCCUUCAUUCUUUCGUUCCAUUCUUUUGUACAAGGUGAGGGGGAUUGAAAUUCAUAAUGAUUUUGUCGUUUGCGAUAGUCUGUUGAUGAAUGUUGAAGUUAUAACAUUAAGACAAUGAAGAUAAUGAAAGCUCCGGCCGGAUGCUGUUAUAAAA